GUUUUACCUACAACCAGUGGAUACUUGCUGACAUGGCGUCUUGAAGCGCUGUGAAGUAUUUCGAUCCUAGUAAAGGAUUUCAUCCCUCGUCGAUGCCAAGGCUGCAAACAUGCACAGGAGUUUGGAUGAGGAUUGGAAAAGCCACAGUGCCACCUGCUAGCAGCCAACAUCGGUAACCAUGACGUCAGCACUGUCAUCACAGCGGUUCUGCCUGCGUUGGAACAACCAUCAGUCAAAUUUAUUAUCUGUGUUCGAUCGGUUACUACAAGAUGAAUCUUUCGUGGAUGUCACGCUUGCAGCGGAGGGUCGUUUACUCCGUGCCCACAAGAUGGUCCUGUCAGCAUGCAGCCCAUAUUUCCAAGCUCUAUUUAUAGGGCAUCCUGACAAACAUCCAAUUGUUAUCCUGAAAGAUGUACCAUACUGCGAUAUGAAGAGUUUACUGGACUUUAUGUAUCGGGGAGAGGUAAGCGUGGAUCAGGACAGGUUAACCGCAUUCCUCAAAGUUGCUGAGAGCCUGAGGAUAAAAGGACUGACAGAGGUAAAUGAGGAAAAGUGUGACCUUCCAUCAAUAACGUCUUCCCUCCUGUCAUCUGUGCCGCCCCCAGUUGUGACUACACACACGCCUCCUCCGCCUCACCUACACAGGAUCCAUCCCACGUCAUCCCCUCAUAAACGUAGCAUCCCAAUGCCUUCAGCCUCUUCUGCCACCUCCAGUAACCCGUUGUUGGGUUCGGCACUAACCGCACCCAAAAGAAAACGUGGAAGACCACGAAAACUGUCUGGGAGUAGUGGUGGAGCCCCUACAGUGCCUGGUCUUGCAGAAGGUGCUACAUCUUCCUCUGGCUCAAGUAGCAGGCACCAAUCUGCAAUAGAUGGAAAUGGAGACGCCGAAAACUCGCCUAGACUGCCGUCCGCAGAUUCUUUGGUUGCGCAAGGAUCACCUGAGUUGCUGGAGGUGAAGAUGGGCAUGGAGUUUCAGCAUUCACCAGCCACAAAUUCUGGUGCAUCCAGGAGACCAUCAGAUGGUGAGAAUGGGUCAGGUCCUGGGCCCAACACGUCGUCCACAGAAGAAGGGAAAGCGCCAAACAAGGAAGCAGUACCAGCAUUACAUUCAAAACACGUGAAGGAAGAGCCAGAACCCACUCCUGGACCGUCCUCUCAAGACCCAGGUCAAGCCUUUGUCCGACCAAGUAGUACGAACAACCCCGAACAGUAUGCCCUUGAUCCCAUAAUUUUGCCGAAGUCAGAGGUGCGUGAAGAUGGAGAGGGCGAAAGUGAAGGUGGAGGGAAUGGAGGGGGGGAAAGGAUCAACUCUCCCGUUGGUGGGGAACACCAACAAUCGUCUGUACCUCCUGCAUCUGCCCCUGCAUCUGCUCGUCCGCCCAUCAAACGACGUGCCCGUCGGCGCGCAACAUCUGCCAGCCAGGACCCAGCAGAACAGUUGACGGAAAUGAGUGUUCGGGGUUUGAACCUUUUUCGCUAUGCCUCCAUCUCGGAGGGAGUGUACAAGUGCACUGAAUGCGCCAAAUCAGAUGUCCAGAAAACAUUCAAGAAUAAGUAUAGCUUCCAGCGUCACGCAUUCCUCUAUCAUGAGGGUCACCAGAGGAAGGUCUUUCCAUGCCCUGUCUGUUCUAAAGAAUUCUCAAGACCUGACAAGAUGAAGAACCACAUGAAAACUGUUCAUGACUGUUUCAUGCCAAAAGAUUGUGUGUUCCCUUUAGGUUUCUUCUUGCCCCACUAACAAAGAUUGAACUUCGUUGUAGUGGCAGUUUAAUUAGGGCUGAAAUAUGAAUUCCUUUAGAAUCCCUUUCUUGGUGUUUGAAAAUAUGCCUUAACUACUGAAAUUGCAUACACAAUUUAAACUCAUUGCACCAAAUUUGGGAUUCACUUACAAUAAGUCUGGGGGUUUAAAGAUUUUUCUGAAGAGACAUGGAAUCUUCUAGUUUCUAGCAUGGUAACCAUAGCAUUAAAUAUUUGCUCAGAAAAGCACAUUUGUUGAUUAUUAACAGUUCUCUUCUCUGUUAUAUGUAUUUAUGAAACGGCAAUAAUUGAAGUUACUACUGAUACCUUGUUCAUGGGGAACUCACAGAUGGUAUAUGUUGUAAUGAAAAGUAAACAUUUUUUUUUUUCAGGAGACAGUCUUCUUGAGGGCACAUUAAUUUGAUUUCUUAUUGGGAGGAACACAGUAGUUGUAUAAGGAGAACUAUUUGCGUAUAUUGAAUACUUUACGGAACGCUGACCACUGAACAAUUUUUUUCUUAUCUUUAGAUAUCCUCUUCAGAUCUCUCUGCUCUUUGUAUUUCUAGGCGUUAUAACGUUUGACUCUAGAUAAGGAAAUGCCACAAAAUAAAUUAAACUGCAGCUUAGCAAAAACUGAAACAUCUUGCUGGGCCUGAGCAGUUGUGCCGAGCAACUUAUCUUUUGUGGCCCAUGUCUUUCCCCAAGAAGUUGCAUUUUAUUCUAAAGGAAAUCAGGUGCUGGAUGACACUCCUAUAUUAUGUGGUUGAUUUAUUUCAAAGAUAAUUAGCAGGAAUUAAACAGGAGGAGGUCCCUUACAUACAAAUUAUCGUGUAUGCAACUCAGUUUUUCUAUCGUCUUUUGAUGCUUGUUGCCUUAUUCACUGCCUGUAAGAUAAAGUCUGUCAGUGAUUGAAACCAGAUUUUAAAGAAGUUGUCGUGUUGACGUAUGAAAUAUAAAUAACACUGAACUCCAUUUAUAUGAUAUAUAACAUUUUUAAUAUAUAUUAAAAUAUGCUCAUCCACAAUUCUUUUUUACUAUGGAAUUUUCCAUAUGAUGUAGUUAAAUUGCGUGAUGGAAGAAAAUGAAGUGCUGAAUUGUUAUUCUUAAAAUGGUGUUUGGUUUGUUCAUAGAUUUGUCAGUGUGAAAUACUGUUUACUCUGUUGAAAUAGGGAACACACUUUUCUUAAAAAUAUUUGCUUUUAUAACUGGUUUCUAAUUACUGAUGCCACAUUUUUUCCUUCUUUUUCUUCUAAUUCUGUCCCUCGAGCAUAUAACCUGAGUUUAAGUUAUUUACGGUUGGGUAUAAUUAUAUUUGUGUUUCAAAAAUGAAUGCAUACAAAACUAUGAGGGUUUGAAUUUAAUAUUUGAAUAUUUUUAUUAACAGGGAAGUUUUUGCUUCUGACAUGGUGAUCGGUUUUCAGUUUUAACACCCAGUCUCAACUCUAAGCAUAGCUGAAGGGUAUUUGCCUGUGCCUCAGAUGUAACUGCGUUACGUCGUUGACACUUGUUAUAAAAAUACAAAAUAUCAAAUAUAUAUAUCUUAGAAGUACAAUUUUGGAAAUAGUGCAAAUAAAUGUAAAUGUGGGCGUGUGGUAGGGAGUUGUUGUAGUUGAUGUUAUUACAGUCACAUUAUGAGUUGUUUGGUCAGAAGUGUAGUCAUCUGCUAGUGAAUAAUUACCUAGUAGGUUUGCUCCAGAAUACCAGUCUUUAUGAUGGUGUAAUUCAAAAAUUCUGCCAUCAUGUUAACCAUAAUUACAUUUUAAAAAUGAAACAAGGUCGUGAUAGAAAUGGCAGUGGCAAAUUGAAUGUGAUUGAACCAGUGCUGGUAGAAAUUUUUAAAGAAAAAAGUAUAGGCUUAUUAUUAGUAAGGAUAUUAAUCAUUUUAUUAUAUUAAUAUUUCUAUUUCUUAAGCAUAUCCUUUUAAAGGUGUCCUUUAGUAAAAGAAAUAUACUGCAAAGCAGAUAAAGGAAUGGAAUGGGUUUGGAAUGUUAGCUAAAAAGUGUAGUAAAACUAACAUUAUCACUUCUACUGCAUUGUUUGCAGAACAAAGUGGCUCGACUGGUUUCUGUUAUUUAUUCAUAUUACUGAUAUAAUAGAUUCAGAUUGAAAUUCUGUUGUUUUAGCAUCUUUGUUAUCUAUGGCGUGGCAUGCACACUUCAUUAUGUAAUGCAUCCUCUGACGUAUGGGAACAGAGGGUUGAUUAAUAGAAAGCUGUUUUGGUACUGAGUACGUAGGUGUUAACUUAAUAUCGCAAGUGGAAGUACAACACAUUGCUGUCAUGGUGAUGGUUACAUUCUGUAACAUAAUUAGGUGGUGGGUUCAUUUAUACAUCUUUACAUUUAAAAAGUACACGUGAUGCUGAUGCUAAGGAAAACACUUGCCUCUUCCGUGGACAAAAUGUGAAAGCCACAGCUGUUGUCAAUUAGAGUCACUUUAUCAGUUCUGUUAACUCAAUCCUAUCCUAGUCAUAAUUAUCAUAAUGGUUAAACAUUCCCUUGGAAGUGAGAAAAUACUACUUUGAAAGAAUUAAAAAGGAAAGGGAUAUCUUGACAAAAUUGCUCCAUAGUUAAACUAUGUGCGAGAUUCUGUUUUAAUGUAGGGCUUAUUAAAAUAAUAAUGUGUUUGCUCUAGUGUGCGGGCCUUUGGAUUACCGGAAUUCGAUACUGUCUUUACCAAAGUAACACGUUUGUCUUUAAUUUGUUCUGACAGGUUGUAUACUUCACAAUGAACAGCAAAUUUGAACCAAGUUCGUAAUUUUAAAAUCCCUGCUUUAUUAUGUGUCAAAACUGACAUGAUUCAUAGGAAGUCUGCGAUAUUGACACAAAGUUUUUAAUAUUAUUUUAUAUACAAUAGUUAAAGUGUAUUAAACAUCGUUUUUCUUACACAAAAAUUCGGUUGUUUAGGGGUGGAAGGGUAUAUACCUAGGCACAUAAUAUUUGUUUCACAGAAUAUCUUUUUCCUCGUGAUAUUUCAAAUAUCAUGAUGUUUCUGUAUUGUAAAAUGUUUAAAACAUUUAAGAAAUGAAUAAUAAUGAAUACUGUUGGCUGGGGGAAAAAGGAACAGUUCAAAUGAUUGAGGAUGUUAAUUAGGUACACCUUAAUAAUGUUCAACAUUUUUUGGUUAUCAGAAUGGCCAGUGAUAUGUCACCUUUUUCCCAGCCUUAUUUUUUAAUAUUUAGUUGAUUCCAUUUUAUACAUUUAAUUGAAGUUAUGGAUUUCCCCUAACUUAGGAUAACAAAAUGUGCAAUCACAAUUCUUUAACAUAUCUAGUGUUCAUAGAUAGUUUUAUUACUAACAUAUUUUUAAGAUAUGUAUAUUGUUUAUUGUAAAAAUAUGACUUUGUAGGUUACAGAUUAAUAAUAUUUGGGGAUUCUGGAAUAUAUUUAAAAGAGAUUUUCAAGUUAUCUUUUGUGCAUGUGAUUUCAUAUUAGGUGCGAAUUUGUGACAGUAACAAUUCUUAAUAGCAGGCUGCUUUUUGUACAUUAUGAAUGUACAGUGGAUGACCUUAUAGUUAUAGUAGCAUAGUGUGGAAAAAAUGGUUGGUGUUUGUUGAGUUAAUAGCUUGUGUUACCAAGGAACUGCACAAAUCAGUAUAAUUUUGAGAUUAUGCAAUACAAAGACAGAUACAGACGUGUAACGGCAACGUAAUUGGAGUUGGGCCCAAGUAAUCAUCUACAUAAUACAGUUUUUGUCAUUCAUGUAAGUUAUCGUAAUAAGUGCUUAGGAGUUUGUGUCAGUAUAAAGGUACUUGUUGACUUCUGUAAUGUAUUUUGUUCGCAGUCUCAUUGUCUGUUGUUGUAGAGAGCACAGUGUGUCAUCGCUGUUACAUUGUGAUGAAAGAAAGUAAGUAAAAGCCUUUCCCUGAGAUGAUUCAGAGCCCAUAGCUCAAGAAUUAAAUUAGCCAGAAUUGUCAUUGCGCUGUGCUUAAUUCUUAAAAUGGCAUUGCAGUUUAUUUGCUAAAUUUUGUUCUUAAAAUUUGAUGCCGGCAAAGUCUUCUGUCCCCACGUCUCCCAUACUGUAUUCUGUGAAUGCAGGGGCAAGAUACAUGAUUGUGGUGUUCGGAUAUUGACCGUAAGUCACUUUUCUUUUAUGGUGUCAAGACAAUAAGCCAUUGAACUUGAUUAAAUUAGAGUGUUUUGAAAUAGUUGUUGCUUAAGGUUAAUAUCUGUUACGAAUUAUUACCUUGUAUGUUAAAUUUUAUUGCAGUUAAAGGUAAAUCGAUAACUUUAUAAGUGAUUUGAAAACAAUUUCUCUACAUCAAUGCUUGUCUUAAAUGAUGUGUAGUAGUAGUAGAAGAUGGUGGUCAUCAUAUAACCAUAAGUUAAUAUAACUGUGCUUUAUUUUUCCAAAUAAUAAGGGUUUUGACACAUUCUCCUAAGCUUUUCUUCAGAAGUGACACAAAUUUAGGUGCGUCUAACUUUAAAUUGACAAUUUGGAAAUGUAUUGUCUGAUUGAUAUUACUUUUGUUUUGUCCACAUCAAUGCCUAAAAUUUCAUCUUUCAUAAAGAUCAUUUGUUGAAUAUUGUAUAUGUAUUAAAUGCCUUGUAAUCUGCUCAUUCAUGGACAAGAAGACUGUAUACGUCCGUCAUGUUAGACGUUGCGACAAAACCGUACCUGGGUAGAGGCUAUUUACUGGAUAUGUGAAGAGUUUGUUAGUUUAUUGUUGCAGCAAUUUGAACUGUUGCAAACUGUCUUUGUUGGGAAUUUUUCAUAGUUUCUCCCUAUCCUGUGUUGAAUGAUGAAGAUUUAUAAUGAAGGUUAAUGAGAGAGAAGUUAAUUGUUUUUCUUAACAUGUUAAUAUAAAGACUGCCAAUUGGUUUAUUGCAUAAUGGAAUCUGUUGUUUUUUCAGUUGUCAUUGUAGAAAGCAGAGAUAAUUCUGUACAAAAAUGAAAUAUGUUUUCAGGGAUGUGAUGGUUUUGUUGCAGUCUAAAGCAAGAUGUUUUUUAUGUCUGUCGCUGAUUUUACGGUAUUAGGCGCAUGUUAGAGUUUGGAAAACUGUGAAAAUGGCAUGUUAAUGUUAUUGCACCCCUGUCCAAAUUGGUGAUACGCUCAUGUUCCAGCCAUAUCAAAUGUGAAAAUAUACCAUACUCACUACCAUUAUUGCAUUUCAGUGGUUGUAACUUAAUGUAAAGUGAAGUGCAUGUGUUUUUGCCAUAUGUGAGUAAUUCUCAGAUGGAAGGGCCGUGUAGUGCAUACACUAACAAUGAAACGUGAUAAAAUCUGCAGCAAGGAAAUCUGUUUCUUGUUCUGACAUCAUGCUCUGGGUGUGACUUUACAUUGCUAGUUGUCCGCACCGUCUGCAGUAUCGCGGCAGUAGUUCAAAAAUACGCGAACAAAAUUUAUUAAAUUGUGGAACUGAAAUUGCAUCUGAUGUCUCAAUGACAUUUAUAGAUGUUUAUUUGUUUGCAUGGUACUUCAGUAGUUGACUUCAAAACAUACAUUAUUGUGGACAUUAUAAACUUCUUCCCUUUUUUGUAUUACGGAUUUCAAACUCGGUUCCAACAGAGCAUCAAGUACAAGGUGAAUUACGUUAAAUGGAGUAAACAUAAAGCAGACAGUUAAGUUUAAAAUGUUUGUGACCUGCUGUUAACAACAGGUUUUAAAACAAACUCCUAUUAUUCACUUAAUUUUCAUGCUGUUAAUGCAAAUAUUUACCAUCAUAUCUUUUAAAUUGAACAUUUCUUUAGAGGUAGAUUUCUGUUCUUCAGUAAUUUUUUCAUUAAGAAAAGUAAUAAUGGUUGUUAAGACUUUUUACAAGAUGAAAUUAUUUUGUUUUGAGCUUUACAUAAAGUAGCAUUUAUAAUGGGGCCAUGUGCAUAAAAUGAAACUUGCUUCAUAAUUUCUAGGCCACAUCCGCAGUUACAAUUACAUUGCAAUCUGUUGAUUAGUUUUGGAGAGGAAAUACAAAUUAUUGGAUGGGUAUGACCUCCCUGUUAUGCGUUUAUUUGCUAUACUUCCACAUAAGAGCAAAUUCUAGGAACCUUUCUCUUAUCAUUAUAAUGUAGUGUAUCAAAUUCAUUGAUGGCAUUGUCAUUGUUUUCUCGAUACUUUAUAUUUCCAUGGUAUAAGAUAUGAUGCGUAUUUGAGAGUUACAAAAUCAGAUUUGACACUCAAAAAUUGAAUUUUGAAAGUCUGCAUGUACUUUAUUUUAUGUAAAUACAUGCUGUAAAGAUUCUGUUGUAACUUCUACCUAAAUUGUUAGUUUGCUGAAACACUGGAAAGCCUUCAACGCUCGACAUGCCUAGUCCCUGAAAGCCAACUUUCUAUGUCAUGCUCCACCACAGAAUCUUAGGGACUAGAAAGUAGAAUGAAAUUUCAAAUGUAUUUUAAUUAUUUUUAGACUUGCUGGAGACUUUGUGAUUUAGGGUAAAGUAUAGGUGUUCCAUACCAAAGGUUUUGGAUACAGGACUUGUAAAAUCUAGUGCAGAAUGUCUGACCUCUUACCAAAAUUGUAAGUCAAUAUUAAAAACUAUGAUUGUCAUAUUUGUAGUGUGCCAGCAUAAAGUUGACACCAAAAUGCCAUAAUUCUAGGCAUUCUCGGAUAAUUUGUAACCUUGGUACUUGAUGUUGUAGCUGAGAAAAAACUCCUGUGCUUCAUAUUUUGUAGGUUAUGAGUUCAAAAUCUUAGCCCAGAGACUGGCUAUCCUGAGAGAUUUUUUGUGGCCGUCAUCACUUCCUCUAGUCAUGUUCUGCGACAGUACCAUAAAUUAGGCCACAGCUACAUCCUUCUAUAACUGUUUCUAUUCAUUACUCGUUAAUCUAAACAAAUAUAUCAUUGGUAGUAGAACUCUUCAUUCUAUGCAAAUUCAAAUUUUGUAAAAUAAUAGAUUAUUAUUGGAUACUAAUUUGAAGCCUAGGGUUUCAAGAAAUCUCUAUUUGUUUUUGAUAAAUUAUUCAAAGGAAUGUCAGCUGCCCACAGUUUUCAGCUUAAAACAUAUUCCGCAAAUUUUCAGAAUUUCUACGAGAAGUGGCACACCCACACACACUUUCCUCUCAUGUACUUACUUGUAACACUGACCUCCUUUGUCCUUCUGACACGUCUUCCCUUCGCAACAUUACUCUCCAAGUCAGUUUCCAACACCUGCAUUUCCAAACACAGUGUAAAAUGUACACAAAUAAAACAAACAAUUCAGUAAUUUUAUACAGUUUAUAUGUCAGGUUUAUAGGAUUUCCUCAAAUCUACAUGUGGCUUUGAGCUGCCUGUUUGUAUGCUGUUACACUGUUUAAUAAACUUGAACACUCAAACUUAAAAGAAAAAUAUAUGUUUGACAGGCUUUGAGUUACAAACAGUGCAUGCAUUGAAGUUACAAUGGAUACGCUUUCCCGUAUUAAUUUAAUCUGGUGCCACCAAACUAAUCUGGUAUUGAGGUAGACUGUACUGUAUAUUUGGUAUGGCUGGUUGAGUUUCAUGUGUAAUAAGAAUUGGUGGUCUUGGAAGUAAGUAGUGUGUCUAUUAGGGUUUAGAAACUGAAGUUACAAUUUGAAUAUAUUGGUAAAAUGCUGGUAAGGUAUGAUUACAGAAUGAGUUUUUCUUUUCAUUUAAUAGCCAAAGAUGGAAUAAUUUGUAUGGGGCAAAAGGUCCCCAACAUUUAUUGAGCUGAUGCCACCAUAUGACUACAGUAAAGUAAAGUGAAACCAAAAUGGUCCAAGACCAUAAUAUUGUUACCAUCACUUUAAAUUGAUUUAACAUCAGUCAGUCUUUUGUGUUUAUCUCUCCCAAAAUAUUUUAUUAUUUAUUCCAUCCCUGCAAAGGAAAAUGAUUUUGUUAAGGAAACAUAAUUGGCUGAAACUGAUAAUAGCAGAAGGUGGAAUUACACAAUGUUUAUUUGAUUGAGUUGAAGUCAGCCUGUUUUGCCAUAGGAUGGUCCAGCUGUAAAAAUUCAUUUAACAUUUUAGAAGAUGGUGUUCUUCAGAAAAUUACUGUCUUGUGUACCACAUGUUUUAUAUUUGUUAAAAUUAAUUUAAUUUUUGUAAUUUAAGAUUUAAAAUUAUUCAUUUUAAUUUGAAAUUAUCACAACCAAGAAGUUCUGGUUGAUAACGGAGUGCUCAUGUUAUCUAAUGUCUCAUUAUGAAGGACUGAUGAUACUCAAUGUCUUGUGGCAAACUGGCGGUUUAAGUAACUUUGUUAAGGACAUCCCAGAAAUUUCCAAAGGAACAUGCCAGUUUCAUUUUCAGAUACCCCCUUGUGGUAGGACUCGUGAUAAAAUGAAUUACCUGUACCAAUGAUUCUUUUUUUUUUGAGGGAUUUAAUUUAAAAUAGUUUUAAUAUUUCAUAAUGGGAAAAGAUGGUACUAAAGUGAUUAAUCUUUAGUUAAAAGUUCAUUGCUUACUGAAGCACAGUAGACUAAUUUUAACAUAAUAUGGUGCAUAGCAGUUUUAAUCUCUGUAUGUUAUUUUUAAUUAGAUUCCAUUGUUAUUAAAAUGUAAUCAUAUAAGUUAAGCUAAUAAUAACUUCAAUAUUUUUUUGUUUAAAUGUGUUAGUAAGGUCUUUGAAAAAGACUUUCACAAAAUGUAUAAUACAUGAUACAACUAACCCAGCAUGAGUUAUUAUUUAUACUUCUCAUCAUUGUUUAUAACAUUUGAAAAACAAUUUAUAUUGUUGUGAACAUUAUAAAAUGAGAAUGUAUAAAAUGUUUUCAUUUAUAUAAAUAUAUAUUUACUAUUAUAAUCCUGUUGAUUAGACAUGAAAAAAAGCAGGUACUGUGAAAAGAGAGCCUAUUUUUUACAUCAAGAAUUGACUGAAAGUUUUAACAAUAGUUGAAUUGUUUCGAGAUGAGGUUAAUAUAAAUUUUUGGUAACAUAUUGUAAAAAUAAAAAUCAUUUAUGUAAUUUUUCAUAUUAAAUAAAUCUACCUCCAAGAAUAGGAA